UCAGUGCUGGGUUUCCCCUUGCUGGCAGGCAGGUCUCUUCAACUUUGUCCUCUGCUGUUUAAUAACGUCUUGAAAUCCUGAAAUUCUCCUUUUUCUUCAAUGUUUUCCUCCUUUAUUUAUUUUCAUGUUGAAAUAUUCUAGUCAGUCGAUUUGAUAAAGUGUGUCUCUGUUUGUCCCUUUCUCUUUUAAAGGGAAAACAAUAUGCUUCCUAGUCAGAGCUGAGAUAAGGGAGGGGUUGUUUAAUGGUACUGGAGCGGCUAGUGGGAGGCUGCAGCUUUGCUUUGGUGCUUGUGGUUAAUUCAUGCUGGACAGCUCUUUGUGAAACAGAGGGCAAAGGGGGCUGUUGGCUGGGGCUGCUGAGGAAGGAGAUGGAGCGCUUCUUGGGCUUUGUCAAGCAGAUAAGAAGAUCAAGAAGAAGAAAAGGCAAAAAGUACCGGCCAGAGGAGGAUUACCAUGAGGGCUAUGAGGAUGUCUACUAUUAUGCCUCAGAACAUUUUCGAAAUGAGAGUCCUUACACAAAAUCUGCAAACCAGGCAAAGGCACCUGAUGGAGCACUGUCUGUGAGGAGACAGAGUAUUCCAGAGGAAUUCAAGGGCUCAACAAUAGUUGAAUUAAUGAAAAAAGAAGGCACCACCCUAGGGCUUACAGUAUCGGGGGGUAUUGACAAGGAUGGGAAACCAAGAGUAUCUAACCUUCGCCAAGGAGGAAUCGCUGCUAGGAGUGACCAGCUGGAUGUAGGCGACUACAUUAAAUCUGUGAAUGGAAUCAACCUGACCAAAUUUCGCCAUGAUGAGAUCAUCAGCCUGCUCAAGAAUGUUGGUGAAAGGGUUGUGUUAGAAGUGGAGUAUGAGCUGCCUCCAGUCUCUGUACAAGGAUCCAGUCUCAUCUUUAGAACUGUGGAAGUUACUUUACAUAAAGAGGGGAACACUUUUGGAUUUGUAAUAAGAGGUGGAGCACAUGAUGACAGAAAUAAAUCUCGUCCUGUUGUAAUAACAUGCGUUAGACCUGGAGGGCCUGCUGACAGAGAGGGCACAAUCAAACCUGGGGACAGGCUGCUGAGUGUUGAUGGGAUCCGACUGUUGGGAACAACACAUGCUGAAGCUAUGAGUAUUCUCAAACAAUGCGGGCAGGAGGCGACUCUGCUGGUUGAAUAUGAUGUCUCAGUGAUGGAUUCCGUAGCAACAGCGUCUGGACCACUGCUAGUUGAAGUUGCCAAAACUCCUGGUGCUGCUCUUGGGGUUGCACUAACUACCUCGAUGUGCUGCAACAAACAGGUCAUUGUCAUAGACAAAAUCAAAUCUGCAAGUAUUGCAGACAGAUGUGGUGCAUUACAUGUAGGAGACCAUAUUCUGUCCAUUGAUGGCACCAGCAUGGAGUACUGUACGCUGGCAGAAGCAACACAGUUUUUGGCCAAUGCAGCAGAUAACGUCAAACUUGAGAUCCUUCCUCAUCACCAGACACGGCUAGCACUGAAAGGCCCAGAGCACGCAGCUCUGGUGUCUUCAUCCUUCUCUCCUACCUCCAUGAGUGCAUACAGCCUGAGUUCCCUGAACAUGGGGACCUUACCUCGCAGCCUCUACUCCACCAGCCCACGUGGGACAAUGAUGAGGCGGAGGAUGAAAAAGAAGGACUUCAAAAGCUCCUUGUCUUUAGCCUCUAGCACUGUUGGUUUGGCUGGGCAGGUCGUCCACACAGAAACCACAGAAGUAGUGCUGACAGCUGACCCCAUAGUAGGGUUUGGGAUACAGCUCCAGGGUAGUGUGUUUGCUACCGAGACCUUGUCUUCUCCACCUCUCAUUUCCUAUAUUGAAUCUGACAGUCCGGCGGAAAGGUGUGGGGUGCUGCAAAUAGGAGACAGAGUAGUGUCAAUAAAUGGUGUCCCAACAGAAGACAGCACAUUUGAUGAGGCCAAUCAACUGCUCAGAGACUCCUCUAUCACCAACAAGGUCACCUUGGAAAUAGAAUUUGAUGUUGCAGAAUCAGUUAUACCAAGCAGUGGAACAUUUCAUGUGAAACUACCAAAGAAGCAUAAUGUGGAACUUGGCAUCACCAUAAGUUCUCCAUCCAGCAGAAAACCAGGGGACCCUCUGGUUAUUUCUGAUAUCAAGAAAGGAAGCGUUGCUCACAGGACUGGGACACUUGAACUGGGUGAUAAGUUGCUUGCAAUAGAUAACAUUCGACUUGACAAUUGCUCAAUGGAAGAUGCUGUCCAGAUCCUUCAGCACUGUGAGGACCUUGUAAAGUUAAAGAUCCGCAAAGAUGAAGAUAAUUCCGAUGAACAGGAGAGCUCUGGAGCAAUUAUUUAUACUGUUGAGCUCAAGCGCUAUGGUGGGCCUCUUGGAAUUACAAUCUCUGGUACUGAAGAGCCCUUUGACCCUAUAAUCAUUUCCAGCCUUACAAAAGGAGGAUUAGCUGAAAGGACUGGGGCAAUUCACAUAGGAGACAGAAUCCUUGCCAUAAAUAGUAGCAGUCUGAAAGGAAAACCUUUGAGUGAAGCCAUUCAUUUAUUACAGAUGGCAGGAGAAACUGUCACCUUGAAAAUCAAGAAGCAAACAGAUGCUACCAGUCCCAAGAAAUUUUCUGUCCCUGUGGGUCACAUGAGUGAACUGAGUGAUGCUGAAGAUGAAACCUCUGCUGCACAGAAAUCUGGCAUGCUCUCGGACGUCUAUUCCACUACAGUCCCAAGCGUUGACAGCGCAGUAGAGUCGUGGGAUGGCUCUGGUAUUGAUACCAGCUUUGGAAAUCAAGGACACACCUAUCAGGCUUCAGGAUACAACUUCAAUGCCUAUGAAUGGAGGAGUCCUAAACAGACUAGUUUGUCCCCUCCAAGCAAACCACGAAACCACCCAUUUCAUGAUACAGGACUGGGUGAUGAGGAAUGGGAUCGACCUACAGCAAGCAGCACAGCAUCCAAGAAUAUGUGGCAACCAAAGGAGACUGAGACAUCAGGAGAGAAUCAAGAAAACCAUUUAAAGCAAACUUCUGUAGAAAGAUCAGGUGGAGAGAGCACCAGGAGCACGAAGAAAGAGGGCAAGAUGUGGAAAGGUGCCUCUGGAGGGCAAAGGAAAGGUGGGGGACAGCUGGAAGAGUGGAAUACAUCCAGCUUCACAGGUACCCAUGAUAACACCGAGGCUGACCAGGAGGAAAAUUUCUGGUCUCAGGCUCUGGAGGAUUUAGAGACCUGUGGCCAGUCAGGAAUUCUGAGGGAACUAGAGGACAAGGCUGACAGGCGUCUGUGUUUGAGAAACAUGACUCUCGUGGCCACAAUUAUGUCAGGAAGUACAAUGAGUUUGAAUCAUGAAAACCCACAACCUCGUAACCAGCUGGGAAGACAAGCCAGCUUCCAGGAAAGAAGUUCUGUAAGGCCACAUUACAGUCAAGCUACUCGUAGCAACACAUUGCCAUCAGAUGUGGGGAGAAAGUCCAUGGUUCUGAGAAAAUUUAAGCAAGAAAUGAAAGAAAUCAUGUCACCAACUCCUGUGGAGUUACACAAGGUAACUUUGUACAAGGACUCUGAUGGAGAAGACUUUGGGUUCAGUGUCUCAGAUGGUUUACUGGAAAAAGGAGUAUAUGUUAAAAACAUUCGACCAGCUGGCCCUGGCGAUCUGGGAGGUUUAAAACCAUAUGAUAGACUUUUACAGGUAAACCAUGUUCGCACCAGAGACUUUGACUGCUGUCUAGUUGUGCCCCUCAUCGCAGAAUCUGGCAACAAGCUGGAACUGGUUAUUAGCAGAAACCCACUGGCAUCUCAGAAAGGAAGCUCAGAACAUCCUUCAGCGAGUGGGGAAUGGGGUGACCCAAAUAACGCCUUCCUUCAGCAGAGCGGACACACUCAUGUUAAUACAGAGACACGGGAUCCUACAAAUACAUUAUAGCAGAAAACCAUUGCAGUGGGACAUUGGGUAACAAAAGACAAUUAUGGUGCUAAAUCCAUUUAAGAUUUCUCUCAGAUUGAGGCUUAGAUGCUGUAUAGCACUGAAAAGCACAGGAGGUCAGUCUGUCUGUCUCAAAGCUUCUAUUAAUCCAUGGUUACUUUUGAAAUAGUUUAAUUCUUCAUUAAGUCAAGUCAUUCCAUUCUAAACAAUCUAGCAUUAGUAACAGUAAGAAAAAUCAUAAGGGCCUUUUUUUUCCCCCCAAAUAAGAAACUGGGGAGACGUUUUAAACAUGAUCUAAAUGUACCUCUUCCUUCAGCAGCAGCAGCUGUUUGAGGGAAGAGCAUGGAGUUAACCUCUGCUAACAAACAGUGGUGUCCAGGUUACAUUGUUUUUAAAAAACAUUUUAUCAGAAAGGUGCUGCUAUAUGAUGGACAAGACAGAGUGGUUUACUGCACUGGGUUUUCUUGUGAAAUGGCAAGAAGGGUGCACUUAUCAGACAAAGCAAGGCUUAGAUGUUUUAACUAAAUGCUUGCAGGAAGCUGCAGUUUGCAGUGAACGUUACUCCCCCAUUUCGGUAAACAUUGUUAGAACCUAUGUUAUUCCCUAUGCAAUGAAGUAUUUAAUGGUAUGUCUUGCAACCCGUGGGGAUUUUUAAGCAGAGACUUUUUUAGUCGGAUAAAACCUCUGAAGGAGGAUUACUGAAAAGAGUAAAACUGAAAUAAGUUCAGACAAAUUAGAAAGGUUUUUAAAAGAAAAUGGUGUUUUUUAAACAAUGUCCGUGGAGAUUGAUAUGAAAGCUCUUUAAUGAUCCAUAAACCUGUAAACUUGUACUGUCACGCGUAAGCUUUUUAAGUCAAACAAUUUCUUGAAGGGACAAAGGUCCUAUUUAAUAUGCUUUGUUUUCAGCCUUCUUUAUGAUAAACAUUACCCUCUGCAACGCAUUUUUAGAAUUUAAAAUUGUAAAUAUAUUUUACAAACACAUCACACAAAUUCUCUCCUCUCCCCUCUCCCCCCAAGCAAUAAGAUACUGCCAGUUGCUCUAUAUUCUCACCAGCAGCUGCUUUGGUUUAUUCUGGUAUUCAAGUUGUUAUUAGUAAUUAUUGUUAUUGGUGAAUAUAAAGAUACUGGAUUUGUACAUUUGUAGAGUCUCCAUAUCUAAGCAAUCACCUUACAGAGUUGUUUCUGGUCAAUUUAAACUGUUUAACUGUAUCCCUGUUACUAUUUCCAAUACAUGAACAAGCUCACCUGCCCUGCACACACAAGUAUCUCCAAUUUCUAUUUCAGCACUGCCAGAAAAGGUCAGAAUGACAUUUAAGGCUGAAUCAUGUAAAAAAACCACAAACAAAACAAAGUUCAUGAGUCACUUAAAUAUGUAUUUUUAUCUGUAACAAAUAAGUAUUAAACUGUAAAGUAUUUUUGUACAAAUUUAAUACUUUAAUAGCAUGAUAUUUAUCGUCUAUGUUAUGUUUUUUGAAAUUCAAACUGUUGCAAAUAUUUGUAUGGAAAAACUGUAAAAAUUGAAAUAAACAGUGAUUUAAAGACAUUAAAA